AUGGACGCCAGGUGGUGGGCAGUGGUGGUGCUGGCUGCGCUCCCCUCCCUGGGGGCAGGUGGGGAGACCCCCGAAGCCCCUCCAGAGUCAUGGACGCAGCUGUGGUUUUUCCGCUUUUUGGUGAAUGCUGCUGGCUAUGCCAGCUUUAUGGUACCUGGCUACCUGCUGGUGCAGUACUUCAAGCGGAAGAACUACCUGGAGACAGGCAGGGGUCUCUGCUUUCCCCUGGUGAAAACUUGUGUGUUUGGCCAUGAGCCCAAGGCCUCUGACGAGGUUCCUCUGGCUUCCCGGACCGAGCCGGCAGAGACCACUCCCACUUGGCAGGCCCUGAAGCUGCUCUUCUGUGCCGCGGGGCUCCAGGUGUCCUACCUGACUUGGGGAGUGCUGCAGGAGAGAGUGAUGACCCGCAGCUAUGGGGCUACUGCCACCUCGCCAGGUGAGCGCUUCACGGACUCCCAGUUCCUGGUGCUGAUGAACCGGGUGCUGGCCCUGCUGGUGGCUGGCCUCUGUUGCAUCCUCUGCAAGCAGCCCCGGCACGGGGCACCCAUGUACCGGUACUCCUUUGCCAGCCUGUCAAACGUGCUCAGCAGCUGGUGUCAGUACGAAGCUCUCAAGUUCGUCAGCUUUCCCACCCAGGUGCUGGCCAAGGCCUCUAAGGUGAUCCCUGUCAUGCUGAUGGGAAAGUUGGUGUCUCGGCGCAGCUACGAACACUGGGAAUACCUGACGGCCGGCCUCAUCUCCAUCGGGGUCAGCAUGUUCCUGCUGUCCAGCGGACCGGAGCCCCGCAGCUCCCCGGCCACCACCCUGUCCGGCCUCAUCCUGCUGGCAGGCUACAUCGCCUUUGACAGCUUCACCUCAAACUGGCAGGAUGCCCUGUUUGCCUAUAAGAUGUCUUCGGUGCAGAUGAUGUUUGGGGUCAAUUUCUUCUCCUGCCUCUUCACGGUGGGCUCCCUGCUAGAGCAGGGGGCCCUCCUGGAGGGGACCCGCUUCAUGGGGCGACACAGUGAAUUUGCUGCGCAUGCCCUUCUGCUCUCAGUCUGCUCUGCAUGCGGCCAGCUCUUCAUCUUCUACACCAUUGGGCAGUUCGGGGCCGCCGUGUUCACCAUCAUCAUGACCCUCCGCCAGGCCUUCGCCAUCCUCCUCUCCUGCCUCCUCUACGGCCACACAGUCACUGUGGUGGGGGGUCUGGGGGUGGCCGUGGUCUUUGCUGCCCUCCUCCUCAGAGUCUAUGCCCGGGGCCGACUAAAGCAACGGGGUAAGAAGGCUGUGCCUGUCGAGUCCCCCGUGCAGAAAGUUUGA